CAGAGAGUAACGUUAGGAGGAGUGGAGGGCAGGGAGGGAGGAAAAGAAGAGAAAGGAGGAGAGAGAAAGCGAGCCUGCCUCUGCCUGCCUGCCUUCUCGAACCAGGCGGCCGCCCCCAACGGCCGGCUCGCGAGAAUCCGAGCCAUUUUGUGCACGCGCUUCCAGGUUUUAGCUGCGGCGGCACCAGGGCAGGGGGAGAGAGAGAGUUCGUGCUAUUGGAAGAGGAGGAGGCGGCGAGAUGGGGUCUGGAUCUUUCCUCAAGGUGCUGGCCAAGAAUUUCGACGUGCUCGCCGGACCAAUAAUAUCACUUGCUUAUCCUCUAUAUGCUUCUGUUAGAGCAAUAGAGACGAAAAAUCCUAUAGAUGAUCAGCAAUGGCUCACUUACUGGGUGCUGUACUCAUUUAUCACUUUGUUUGAGCUAACCUUUGCACCAAUUAUUGAGUGGCUUCCCUUUUGGUCAUAUGCAAAGCUGUUCUUCAACUGCUGGUUGGUCUUACCUUGGUUCAGCGGUGCUGCUUAUGUUUACGACCAUUUUGUUCGGCCAAUGUUUGUGAACCGCCAAAUAGUAAACAUAUGGUAUGUCCCAAGAAAUGAUAAGCCAAGUAAACCUGAUGAUGUACUGUCAGCUGCAGAGAGAUAUAUUGAACAAAAUGGACCAGAAGCAUUUGAGAAGCUCAUCAGCAAGUCUACAAAGUCUUCUAAAUCAAGGACCACAAGGCGGUCGAUCUUGGAGGAUGCUGAGGCUGAAAGAGAAUCCUGGGGUGAAAAUCCUUUCUACGACAAAAACUACCGGCACUAAACUACUUCGAGUUUAAUCAGCAGGUUAGUGCAAUCAGAAUGCGAAGUCUUGUUGGGUCACAGCCUGGAGACGACCUUCCCAUGUUCCUGACUCGAGGACUGUACCUUGUUGCAUCCACUGCUACUAAACUACGAUGAGUUGUAGAGCAAUUGUGGACUACUGUAAAUGGAAGUAGAUGCUAGUGUUGCUCGUUUAUGUGGGGUUUUCGAUGGUGUAAUAUCGUUAUUACUCGUUACUAGAUCUUUAGCAGGAUACAAGCCUAGAUUCUCAGUCCGCCUCCGCCGUUGCAUUUCCUGCGUUGCUCCGUUCUACGUGUGCUCUGCAGGAAUUUCGCACGCUCCUGAAUUUCAUUCUUACCGUGCACACAUGGGGGCUCCGCUUGAAUUCUUACCAAAGUAAAUUAACUGUUUUUUGUGUUUUUAA